GUGUGCAUCACGCAGGAGAUACCAAUGAACAUCAUACUCCCCUGCGCGGUUGAGACCUUUUUCAAGGAAACUAUGUCAGCGGGCAGGAUCAGUGUGCUGACUGACGCCGUGGAUACUCUCAAUGUUCGGCAUGCCAGGGCGGGAUCCGAAAAGGACGAGGACUUGAUCAAAAGAAUCAUCCUCACCACCACGGGUUUCGAUGCAGUGAAUUAUGCUGUGAAAUCGCGGCUCUUAGACCAGUUGACAGUUUUGUUUCGCGAACUUUUUAGGCUGCAACCUUCCUGAAGCACCUGUCUUCCAUGCAAAGGAUUUGCGGCGGAGAUGCUCAGAUGAUCUCAGAUGAUCUCAGAUGUCUAGGUCAGCUCGUGAUGCAGGAUGACUCAGGAUGACCA